AUGAAGAUAAUUUGUGUAGGUAUGGCAAAAACUGGAACUAAAUCCAUCUCCAAAGCUUUACGGCAUCUUGGAUUCACUGUCUUUGACUGGGAAGAGCAAGUAUUUGAUUUCCAAGACCACUGGGUUGAUGUUUUCCAAAAUGGCGCCAAGCCAGAUGUAAGGAGAGUCUACCAAAAUGCUGACGCGGUCGUGGACAAUCCCGGAAAUUUUUUCUGGGAGGAAAUACUGGAAGCUUUCCCUAAUAGUAAAGUAAUUUUGAGCGAAAGAGAAGAAGAUUCUUGGUUGAAGAGUAUGGUCAAUCAACUUCAAGUCGCCGAAGCAGUGAUAUCUCGCAGGUUUUUGGCUGUUCUCUCCCCUACUUCAAGAAAACUGAUCUUUAUUCUUUAUUCUCAUUUGACUGCUAUUCUUGGCUCGGCAAACCCCAAGUCGGCUUGUGUCUUGCGUAAGCGUUAUCGCAUGCACAAUCACCGUGUUAAGUCACUUGUUCCACCAGAGAAGUUGUUGGUGUACAACGUGAAGCAAGGCUGGAAACCGCUGUGUGAUUUCUUGGGUAGCGACCUUCCAACAAUUGCCUUCCCACAUGAGAAUAUCAAAGGCGAAAUUGCUGAAGUUCCUUUGUCGGAGACAAGGUUUGGUCGGCAGGUAAUAUUAGAGAUACAGAGAGCUCUGUUUCUAAUCCUUUCCGUUAUCGUAGUUAUUGUAGGUUCAUUUUUUGUCUUUUUCUGUGAUUAG